CCCUUGCCGGUUGCCAUUCUCGAGGGUUUUGCUUCAGUAGCCCUAUUAUCUCCGUUUCUCACCAAUUCGAAAAAUUCACUAUUCAACUCCAUCACCAUCCUUUCUUCUCACUUCAACAACAAUGGCGGCUCUUUCCAAAGUCAAUUGGUAUUCCUCCUACAAUCAACAACCACUUCCUCUAUCUCUCCGCCAUAACCGUCCUUUCUUCUCUACACCCAUCUCUUUUAAGCCCCAAUCUUCUCGUCCCUUUUCGUCUUCUCUAAUCAUCAAAUCUUCCUCAUCUUCAAUUCCUCAAUCUGUCUCUAAACCUAAAACCUCUAACCUUUUUACCUUCCUCAAAACCCCUCUUACAAUUGCAGUGGCUGCCACCGCUAUAUUCUUUUCUGGGUUGGGUUUUAAGCCAUUGAUUGCUAUUGCGAAUCCCAUGGCUGAAACUUCGACUAUACUGGGAGAAGAAGAUGCCGCAUAUUCUGAAGAAAAAGAAAAGAAGUUAGAGGAAAUGUUAGCGUCGAACCCAGAUGAUGUUCAAGUAUUAAAGUCAUUAAUGGAAGUUAAAACCAAGAAUAAGAAACUUCCAGAAGCUGUGGAAGUUUUAAACAAGUUGAUUGAACUUGAACCAGACGAAAUAGAAUGGCCCUUAUUGAGAAGUCAUAUGUAUACCUACAUGGGUGAAUCCGAAUUAGCAAAAGCCGGGUUUGAAGAAAUCAUAGCCAAAGACCCGCUUCGAGUCGAAGCUUUUCAUGGGCUUGUAAUGGCGGUUUCUCAAGGCGAAUCGGAAGGAAAAGAGCUUGAAGAUGUAUCAAAAAGGAUUAUGGAAGCAAUAGAGAAGUCUAAAAUGGAGAAAAAGAAGGAUGAAGUGAGGGAUUUCAAGCUAUUAAUUGCUCAAAUUCGAGUAAUUGAAGGGAAUUAUGUGGAAGCAUUGAAGGUUUAUCAAGAACUUGUCAAGGAGGAACCAAGAGAUUUUAGGCCUUAUUUGUGUCAAGGAAUCAUCUACACUUUAUUGAGGAAACAAGAUGAAGCAGCCCAACAAUUUGAUAAGUAUAAGAGGCUUGUGCCAAAGGGACAUCCUUAUGCACAAUUCUUUGAUGAUAAUAUGCUUGCUACUAAGGUAUUCUCUCAAAUGGCUGAGAAUGAAUCUAUGAAAUCAGGUUCUAAAAGCUGAAAUUUUGUUUAAUUAUGAGAUUAGUUGUUAAUCAAUGAGGGAUUAUGCAUAUGCUUUCAUAGAAAGGUUUAAGUUAUGGGCUUGUUUUAGUUUUUUUGCAUGUUUUGAAGCUUUAUGAUUAUUAAUUGAAGGAUUUAGUUAUAAAUUCUAA